AUGUGGUUUCCCGUGCUCACACUGUCGGUCUCCUACCUGCUUCUCGACGCGGUAGCCGCCCUCACCAUCUCCCGACUCAUCUACUUGGGCGUCCGAAACUUUGUCAAGCAACUCUAUGAUUGGUUCAGCGUUCGACUACAGGCAAGACUAGCAUCGAGAACUGCAGCAUCGCACGCUAAUAUGCUGUUGUUGGGGUCGACAGCCUGGCCAUCUGGCACGCCGAUCAUUCCCAGAACGUUGUGGAAUGGAGGCGGGAUAGGUGGGACAAAUAUUCCUGAUAGUGGUACCCACAUCGGUGGUAGCAGCAACAGUGGGCUUGGAGCGUUUGGGAAUAGAACCCGACCUGGCCUUGGUUCUGCAACGGGUCACUCUACCACAGGUACAAGAGCGGACAGCGGCACCAGUCGGCUGGGUUCGGUACAGAGAAGGGACUGGAUUGCCGUGACCGAUCCGCAGAGAAGGAUCGAGGUGCCCGUGUAUCCGGAAAUCUCGAGCUUGGUCACCGUUAUCACUCGUGAAGCGUUAGAUACGCGAGUCGGUCACGCGCUGAAAAGGAUUGCUUUUUGGGCCACGGAUAUCCUCUGCAGAGCUGGACUCCAAGAUGAUACACCCGUUCUAUACAAUCCGCAGGCCAGCUACUACUUUUCACCGUUCUAUUCAUCACACACGGACUGUUCAAACGCACACUCAACCGCAGCCUCGUAUCCGACAUUGUCAACAGUCGACACCAUGACAGCCAACAGCGUGCUACACCAAUUUCCCGAGGAAAUUGUCUCAUACAUCCUCACCCUUGCUGCCUGUCCCAGUCUCUCUCCAAACGAACCUCGAUCCUGUCCAACGAACGUGCUUCUCCUCUCGAGACGGUACUACAACCUCAUCAUCCCGAAACUCUACCACAGCGUUUCACUGCAUACACCUGCCUCAUUCCGCUCGUUCCGCGUCACACUUGCCUUGCUCAAUCCGACUUUGGGCAAGUACGUCCGCAAACUUCAAAUUGGAUCAUCCGAAUUCGACGCCUCCGGUUAUUGCCCUUCAGCUCUAUCGGAUCAUGGACGUCUCUCGGUAGGCAUCGAACAGAUGCUCUUAGCCAGUCCUCGAUUGGAAGAACUAAGUUUGGACCUGUUCAGUAUGGGGGCAUUACAUAUGGGGACAGUCUCAAGACUUGAGAAGGGACCACAGCCGGUGCGCUUGUGUACCGAGCUGACGACGAUCCCUUAUCUGAGCUUGCCAACGUUUGAGGAUUUGAAAGAGCUCGAGUUACUGGUGUUUGGAAUGGAUGCAGCAACAGCUAGGGAAUUACGGACCACGUUGCCGUUGCUAGAGAGGUUAGAGUUGCGACUCGUCACGAGGCGGCGUGGACCGGCGUUUCAAAAUGGACAGGACACAUGGAGCCCUACGCAGCUUCCGACGUUUGAGAAUGAGGAUGACGAAGGGUUGGCCGAGGCGCGGACUGCGGAAGCGGAUAUAAGGAGGGGAGCGGAACAAGGCGAUGUGUUCCAGCUGGAAAGCGACAUGCACGAUUUCAUAGAGGCCCUGCAUCUCUUGAGGACGUGGCCGCGGAGUGACGAGCGACUCGGAAGGAGCCUGAAGCAGAUCGUCGUCUUUGCGUGGCCGAGCGCGGUCCGCAGACUCAAGAGAGUGUUUGAUAAUGUGCAAGUCGGCGGGACCGGUGCUACUUCGAUGCAGAUCGAGCUCGACAAAGGCUACCUCAUGGGUCCGAGACGAGGUGCCCAUGUGCUGUGGCGCAAAGACAGGGCGAGGGCGGCAUGGGCAUCCUAG